UGUAUUUUUUUUCUAUUUACAGAUUGUAGUCGUAUGGGAUGUCCUUUUAUAACAAAGUUUCACCAGUCAAUGAACACAGUAUCAUGGACGAUAAUGAACAUUAUGUGACACAGUCAACAUCAAACCAAAGUGUUGUACAUGAUUCUUUAAGAACACAGUCUGUUCCAAGCAAUGAUAGUGUUGAAUUGUUAGAUACACAAUAUGUAAAGAUUGCAGAUACUACUGGCAGAGAACAAAGUGGUAAAGACAAUUUUGAUUAUGAGCAUGAACAUUAUGGUGGCAGAAAAUUGUCAGUACAUUUUAAUGGUGUUAAAAGUCAAACUAGCUGUGUUGAUAGUGUAUCAGUAACUUUUACAAAGGGGAUUUCUAGGAACCACAAUGAUGAUACAAGUAGUCCAUCUAUGUUAUAUCGUGAUAUCAGUAGUCCAUCUAUGUUAUAUCGUGAUAUCAGUGUGGACCUCUGGCUUAUUAUACGAGAUGAUCUAGUAGCUGACCUUGAGUACCAGCUCAAGUUGACCCCUGAACGUAUCAGUGUCAAAGACAAUGCUGGUAAUACACCAGUACAUGUUGCUGCCAAGUACAACAGAGUUAGGUCCCUUGCAGUCCUGCUCGAGUUUAAAGCCCAUCCAAAUGCAGCAGGUCCCUAUGAUAUGUACCCACUACACCUAGCAGCGAAAUAUAAUUCAAUAGAAGCUGCAAAAUACCUGCUCGAUCAUGGAGCCAAUAUCAUGUGUCGAGACUGUAAACAAAAAACACCUUUACAUCACGCCGCCAGGAAAGGUCAUCUCGGCAUGGUUGAGAUGUUGUUAUUUACCGAGGGAUGUACCAUAGACUGUAGAGAUGAGGACAGACUUACACCACUACAUGAAGCUUGCCAACUUAAACAGUCACAUGUUGCUAAAUAUCUGAUUGAUCAUGGAGCUGACACAGAUGCACGAGAUAUCUCAGACAGUACACCAUUACUAUUUGCUGCUGCUGAAGGACUUACUGAUAUCAUACAUGUCAUUUUAGAUAAAGAUAUUUUUUCAGACAAAGCACAAAAAUGGAAGGGUAAUGCAGGUAAAGAUGCAAUGAUGAAUCAUGUUGAUAAUGAGGGAACAAGCGCUCUGCAUCUUGCUGUACAAAACUAUCAAAUGGAGGUCAUAGAUCUGUUGAUUGAAAAUGGAGCAGAGAUCAACAUGCAGAAUAACACAAACUACACCCCGCUACAUAUGGCUGUAAUAGGAGGUCAGAUAAACAUUGUAAACCAGUUGUUGGACAAGGGAGCUGAUAUAGAAGCUAGAGAUGGUGAUCACAUGACUCCAGUUCAUAGGUGUGCUAUGUAUGGGAAGAAAGAUGUAUUAGAAGUUCUCCUACAGAAGGGAGCAAACUGCAAUGCUCGCACAAGUGAGCAGAUGACCCCACUGUUGGUGGCAUCAUGGAAAGGUCAUGCCGCAGUGGUAGAAUAUCUUCUUUUACACAAAGCCAAGGUCACUGCCACAGAUAGCUGUAUGAGGACAGCUUUACAUUGGACAGUUGAUCAAGGUCACUAUAAUAUACUACAGUUACUGAUGAAGAAUGGUGGAGAAGAAUUACUAAGUGCCAUGGAUCACAGAGACCAGACUGUGGCUCACUAUGCUGCUAGAACUGGUAACACUAUGAUGAUGAAAUUAUUGAUAGAUUUUGGUGUGAAACUGUCAACAAGAGAUCAAGAUGGGAAAACCCCUCUUCAUAUAGCAGCCGAAUGUGGUAAUUACACUAGUGUUGAGAUGCAGAUAGAUACAAGUAAGUCAGAGUUAAAUGAUGGAGACAGUGAUGGUCGUACACCUCUAAUGUUGGCUUGUCUUAGUGGACAUUUCAAGGCUGCAAGGUCACUUCUUGCACUAGGGGCAGACAACUCUAUUAGGGAUGAGAAUUACUGUACAGCUAUGAUUUUGGCAGCAUCUAAAGGUCAUGUGAAGGUCAUGCAGCUAUUAAUAGACAACCUUACAGAGGUCAAUGUGUGUGAUAAAUUAAAGAAUACAGCCUUACAUAUGAGUGCAGCGGGUGGUCAUGUUGAUGCGGUACGACUGUUGUUAAACAAGAAUGCCUCCCCUAUUAUGUUAAACAGUUACAAGAAGUCUGCCCUGGAUAUGGCACUGGAUUAUGAACAAGUUGAUGCUGCUGUUACUAUGAUGAAACAUAAGAAGUGGAAGGAGAUAAUGUCACUAAGAGAUAGUCAGGGAUAUACACCCAUGAAGAAACUUAUUAGGAAAGCUCCAGAGGCAGCAAUGGUAGUAAUGGAUAGUUGUGUUGUGGAAUCUGAUGAUAGGAAAGAUGACAUGGAUUAUUCAUUGCAGUAUGACUUCACAUACAUUGAUCCUGGUCCAGAUGAUCCUUGCUGUGAAAAUAGAAGAUAUUUUGCCCUGGAUACAAUGAUAGAGUUCAAUAGAGAAGAUUUAUUAUCCCACCCUCUGACACAGAGUAUGCUUAUCAUGAAAUGGAGAAAGUUUGGGCGUUACAUCUUGUACAGUAAUCUAUUUAUAUACAUUGUUUAUGUGGCAACAUUAAAUGUAUACAUGACGUUGGUACCAGCAAUGGCGUCACCAAUCUUAGACAACCUACGACACUGUCCUAUAUACCUGAAUGACACAGAAUCUGCCAACGAGACUUUAGUCAACAUAAAGAAAGAGGAAAGUCAUUUAUCUACCCUAGAUAUAAGACACCCAGCAUUGUUUUCCAUGCAAGUUAUACUUGAAGUGUUCAUUCUCUUAUUGAUGGGCAAGGAACUAUUCAUGCUAUGGGGACAGAAAUGGCGCUAUUUUAUAAAUCCUUACACGUACUGUAACUGGAUCAUGAUGGCAUCUACUCUUGUCUUCAUUAAUCCACCAAACUUAUAUCCUUGUGAGACAAACUGGAGAGGUGCCUGGAUAUCCUCACUCUGUGCCUGGACUUUACUUAUCUCUUAUCUACAAAGGUUAGAUGUAAUUGGUAUAUAUUUUGUGAUGUUCAAUGAGGUUAUGAUGAGUUUAGCCAAGGUGAUGUUGGUACUUAUAUUAUUCAUCAUGGCAUUUGCCCAGGCUCUUGGUGCUGUUAUAGCUCAAGUGCCUGGAUUUCGGGACAAUGAUGUAUUUCCUUUGACAGUGUUAGCCAUGACUCUUGGAGAGAUCAACUUUGUAGAUGUUUAUGUGGAACAAGAUAACUCCCCUUUCACUGUAGAUGCUUACAUUAUUGUUACACUGUUCAUGAUCAUUAUGCCUAUAGCUCUCAUGAACUUAUUGAUUGGUGUGGCAGUUGGUGACAUUGAUAAGAUACAGAAACAGGCAUACAUCAAACGUAUAGGCUUACAGUCUGAUCAAGUUAAUGACAGUGAGAAUAGGUUUCCAAAGUCAUUACAGCGUCGAGUAUAUCAGAAGUUCUUUACCAUCAAACCCAAUGAAGAAAAAAAUACUAAAUGGGCAAGGUUCAAGUAUUACAUGUUUGGAAUCACAACAUCUGUAGAGUUUAUAGCUCAGUCAGAGAAAGACUUUACAGUAGAAACACUGCAAGAAAUACAGAGAAAUGUCUACAAAAAUAAAACACAGUUGAGUGAGAUGCAGCAUAACAUGAGGUUACAACAAGAUUUAUUGAGGAAUCUAUGUGACCAUUUCCAUAUUGAGAUAAAAAAUGACCAGUAUGAUAAUUUGUCACUGGUCAGUGAUAGAACUGAAUUCCCAAACAGAUUUGACUUUGUGUAGCCUCUAGUGUAACUUGGAGGUGUCAUCACUGUUGUUAUAUAUAAAGUAAUGAAUGGUAAAGCUUAUACAGUUAUAAUGAUGACUUUUGCAGAAUGUCAAAGGAAAAACAAUAAGAAACAAAAACAAUAAGAAUUAUCUGUGAAGAAACUGUUUUGUGUCAAGUGCAAUAAACAUGUGUAAAUACAAACAGUUAUAGACAUAUAAUGAUAUACUCAUUUAUAAAAAUC